CGGAAUGGAAAUUUCUAAAGAAGAAAAUACUGGCAUACGCAUUGUCAGAAAAUAUAGUAUUUCAACUUAGCAUGUUUCCUUAAUGUCUUACGAGGCAUUGGGCUAAUUUUUGGAUUUAUUACAGUAAAUAUGGUACAUAUUGGACCUUUAACUCAAGGUCCAUGUGAACGAGGCAAAGGAAGUAAUCUUAUAAGUGAUAUGAACCUUGACGAACAUUUUCCGUCAAGGACAUUGUGCAUAUAAAUGUAUAAUGGGGAUUGGUCCUUUAGCCUUUGCUUUAACGUUGGGAAAAGCAUUUUUUACGCUUAGCACUUGCCGUAGUUGAAGCCAGCGCCAUGGCUCCUGUCAACUGACUCAAAACUUUUGACGUUGCAAACUUUUGAACGGAUAUGUAGCUAUCUCUAGUGAUAGCUGGUUUCGGGCGCUCCUUCUUAUAGUUUAUUAAAAACAAAUCGGACAUCAGAUGAAAAGAACGCAAACAAUGAUGUUCAAGAUGUAAAUGUUUCUGCGUGCGAGGGACCGGUGCAAAUAUGCAUCGCUAUUAGCUAGCUGACGUUUACGUUAGCUUGGUAACGUAAACUAGCUACUUUCAACAAGUUAGCUGUCCAGUAAUCCUUAGUUCACCCUAGCUAGUUUUGGCGUCGUCGAAUUUAAAAUGUCAUAACGGACAUAUAAACCGAGUAUAACUAAUUAAAGGGCUUGGUUUUAGCUUUGGAUAUUUAGUCUUUCGUAUAAAAAUGUGUCGUUUUCUACGCUACUGUGUUACCCACUGCAUUCAUGCAGCGAUGACCCGGCUGGAGGAAGUCAACGGAGAGGUGAGCAUGUGGUCGUCUGUCCGGUGGCUGGGCUACCUGUCCGGUCUCAACCUGCUGGUCGCCUUGUGUUUGGGGGUCUUUGCCCGGUGGGAGAGGACUGAGGAGACCACUCUUCUUGUCAUUUUCGUUCUGGCUCUGAUUGUCCUCGGAAUAGCAAGUAUAGUGUACUACUACUUCAGCAUGGAGAGGGUCAGCCUCAGUCUCCUCCACCUGUGGUUCGGUUUUUUGCUGGGACUGCAGUGUUUCCUCAACACUCCCGCCCUGGAGAGCGACGUGAAGGAGCAGGUGGCCAACUACCUUCUGCUAGCCAGUGUGUCUCUGAGGACGCUGUGGGCGCUCCUGGAGAGACUGUUCGGUGCUACCAGGUACCGUCCUGCCUUCCUCACCUCGGCAGAGCGGCUGGAGCUAGUGGGCUUUGCCUCCGCCAGCACGGCGCUGCUCGUCCACAAGUCCUUGAGCGUGAUGGUGCUGGUGGGGGCGCUGGCCACGGUCAUGGUUGCCCUCCGGAUGAAGGCUCUCUUGGCUAUUCCCAACUUGGUCUGCUUCGCUGUCAUCACCGCCCUGCUGUUCUUCAAGUCUCUGAGCAUCACCAUCAACCCUUUCGCCCUCGCGUGCUUCUUCAGCCAGCUCAUCUGUGACCCUCUGCUGGAUGUGUACUUCAGUGGUCUCUCUGUGACCGAGCGCUGGCAGCCUUUCCUGCUGUGGCGGGGCUUGUGGCGUCGGCUGUCCCUCGUGCCUCUGCUGCUGGUGGAGGUGGCCUUCAUCGUUCUGGCCGCUCGGAAGCUGAAUGAUCUGGACCAGUGGUACCUGGUGAUCCCAAGCUUUGUCGUCUGUGUGCUCUUCUGGGCCAUCUGCCACGUGGUGUUUGUCGUCACGGUGUGGGGCUUUCACAGCAAGCUCAGUGAAUGCCAGAGGCUGUGGCUGUCCCAGGGGCCAGGUGUCAGUGGCCUGGACAAGGUUAUGGCCUCAAAGGGCAUGAGACAUUUCUGUCUCAUCUCUGAGCGUCUGGUGGUCUUCUCGCUGAUGUCAACUGUUGCUGUUGCUGCUCUUUGUUGGCAGGCCUCCAGCAGCAUCUUUGUGAGCAUGUUCCUUCUUGUCCUGCCUCUGGAGUCUCUGUUCCACGGGCUUUUCCACGAGCUCGGGGUCAGCCUGGGAGGAACCUGUGUGGGCUACGCAGUGGUCAUCCCCACCAACUACUGCAGUCCAGACGGCCAGCCCAUGCUGCUGCCUCCAGGCCAGGUGCUGGAGCUGAACAGGCGUUCCACAGGCAUGUUGAACAAUGUGCAGCACUUCUUCGCCCACCACUUGAUUGAGCCUUUUGGCUGCGACUAUUCCACCAGCGGGGUGACCCAAGAGGCUCUGCAGGCCAAGAUCAAAUCCUUCUUGGAGCUUCGCACGGCGGACGGAACUCGCCACGACACCUACGUGAUCUUCUACAGCGGUCACAGUCACCGCUCUGGGGAGUGGGCGCUGGCAGGAGGAGACACUCUCGGCCUGGAUCAGAUCUUGGAGUGGUGGAGGGAGAAGAACGGCAGCUUCUGCUCGCGCCUCAUCCUGGUGCUCGACUGUGACAACUCGUUGCCGUGGGUGAAGGAGGUAAGGAAGGUGGAGGGUCUGUACGUGGCCGUGCAGGGAGCGACACUCGCUCGAGUGACAGACGUCGAGCUGCAGGACCCCCCGCAGCUCGGGGACUUCACCUCUCAGUGGGUGGAGUAUAACUGCAACUCAAACUGCAACAUCCAGUGGUCUGAGAGAGGCAGGCCGGUGUCUGCCGCCUACGGCAUCUCCAAAUACUGGAGCGACUACACGCUGCACCUACCGACAGGAAGUGAUGUUACCAACCACUGGAGCCAGAACUUCCCUCGGAUGACGUACCCGGUGGUACAGCUGGCGCUGUGGUGCGGCGGUCUGAACGUGCUGUGGUUCUGCAGCAUCUGCCUGCGGUGUCUUAAGAGAAUCAAACUUAACUGGUUUCCACCAGCGAUACUGGACACUGGCCAAGGCUUCAAACUGGUCAGAUCAUAGAAAAGUAUAU